UUCAACAGCCCUGGAGCUGGCUGACAGCAGCAAGAAGCAGAGAUGUUACAGAGAUGGCCUGAUCUGGGAUCAACUGCUUGGAGCUAUGAUUUUUGAUGUGCUUUUGCAGUUUGUCGCGUCGUGGAUUUUUCAUUGUCACAUUUUGUCCUGCUCCCCAUUUCUAAAAUAAGUAAAUAAAAAAAGGGACGACAAUCAACAUCUGGGGAGUCAACAUGCUGGAGAGUGGCUUUGCUACGGGAGGGCAAAGCCAGGGAACGGGGAAAGCUGGGAAACUGCUGAAAAGCAAGAGACGGUGUAUUUCCUUACGCUGGAAGUACAUCUUCCUCAUCCUGGUGUUGACAGUGGUUUUCUUUGUCUACAACACAAGCAUCGAGGAAGUUGUGCCCGACUGGGACUCAACAAAGUGGUGGUUUGCAUCUAAUAGCCAGAGACAAAAUGUCGUCUCUCCCAAAUCGAGUGGUUCCAGCACCGGCACACCUGGAUCUGAACCAACUGGGUUUGUAACAGAGAUCAUCCCUGUUGCACUUCGUCAAACUGACGCUUCUGUGUCGACUCAGCAGACGACUCCAAGCAGAGCUGAGCCACCAACGGCGAUGCCUUAUAAAUCUCCGGGCCCCUACCUGGUGGAAUACCCCUCUGAGUACCACUUCAUUAUAAAUGAGCCAAAGACGUGUGAGCAGCAGAAGUCUUUCCUGGUUCUGGUGGUUCCCGUGGCGCCCAACAACAGGGCCCAUCGCGACGUCAUCCGUAGCACCUGGGGCGGUGAGGGCACGGCGCUGGGCAAAGUGGUGACGCUGUUCUUCCUGCUGGGGCUACACAGCGGAGAGGGGGCGCCGCAGAUCCAGGAGCAGCUGCUGCAGGAGAGCCGGGAGCACCACGACCUGAUCCAAAGCGACUUCCUGGACUGCUACAAGAACCUCACCAUCAAGACCAUGGUGAUGCUGGAGUGGCUGGACUUGCACUGCUCUGGCGCCUCGUACGCCAUGAAGAUCGAUUCGGACAUGUUUCUGAACGUGCCCAAGCUCAUCGACAUGUUGGUGAACGCUCCGAAGACAAACUACAUGACGGGACUUGUGGCGAGCGGAGCCAUGGUCCUGAGGGACCGGACAAAUAAGUGGUUCCUCCCUGUGGAGAUUUACCCUUCGCCAAAUUACCCUCGUUAUGCUUUGGGCCUGGGCUACGUUUUAUCUCUUGACCUCCCUAAAAAGCUUGUAGAGGCAUCCAGACAUGUUAAAGCUGUUUACAUUGAAGACGUGUAUUUGGGGUUGUGUAUGAGUCACAUGGGCAUCCCUCCCACCGACCCCCCAAACGGAAAUUAUUUUCAUGUGUCUCCAAGGACAUAUAGUCGCUGUGCUUACUCUCAGCUAAUAGCCACGACUACACAUCCACACGAUGAUCGUGUGAGCAUUUGGAAAGACUUCAAAAGACCGGGUCAGUACUGCUGAUCUGCAAAAAUAACGACGGCUAAAGAAGGACUUAAUAUAUUUAUUAUUGAUUCAUAGUUAUAUAAACUACGAUAAAAAAGUUGAAAUCAGCUAGGCCACCACAGAAUGAGUGCUAACGUUAGCUUAACACAAACCAUGAAUUGCACUCUACCAAUUACAGAGCUGCAAGGAUGGCGUACUUUUGUGGGCCAACCCCCAGAAGUUAGCAUCGCACAGGAGUUUUCUACUAGAGUGUUGGAUCAUUGCAGAACAUAAAAUCUCUGUGACAAACAAACGUUUAUGAUACUGACACGUUUUGUUCAUCAAGAUAAUCUCCAGACAUGAACACCACUUAUAUGAUUUUAGAAGCGUGAAGACAAUCAUCAGAAGUAAAAGGCUAACGUUAGGCUAUAAAGCAACUCCACCGCGGUCACAUGACUUCACGUCUCCACCACUAAGCUAAAGGAGGACUAGUGCUCUAGUGAGGACGUCUAGUCCUCUCAUUUACACUCUUUUUAAGACACGUAGACGCUUCUAAAUUCACCAGCGGGGCGUUUACUGACCUAUUUUAUAUCAGAGAACUAAACGUUAAAUUUCUUCCACUUUUGUUAAAGACAGACUUUAUUUCAGCCAUUUAACCAAAGUCACAUUAAAAAAACACAAAACGAAAACACCCUGAGAGACGAGUAAACCAGAGGUGCAAAGAUGACUCACUUCUGGGUUUUAGGUCUCCUACCUGCAGCACUCUAAAGCCAAGUUAAUAGUACAGUUUAAAUUAAUGAAAACAACUUACCCAAAGUCUCAAGCACUGCACCAAUUCAACUCAGGCCUGCUGUUUUCCGUUUAGAUCAUGGUAACUAUACUGAAGUCAAAUAGCUUCAGGUAGCCAUGCUUUUAGCCUGUAGAAAGUCCUCUUUACAAAUAGAUGUUAUGUAGUUUUGUACAUGGAGAACAAACAAUCUACAACGGUUCAACCAGACUGACAACUGAAGGAGACACAGAUCCAUCUGAGCUUUUUACACCCUGAAAACAUGAAGAAACAUAAUGAGUAGUCCUCUCACACCUGUGACUGCAUACAAUCAAGCUGUAGGGAGAUUACUGACUUUAUGACUAAAUACAAAAUAUCAGAUUACAAAGGGACUGUUGCUCAGUAUAUCGAAACCAAAUCCAGCCAACAAUUGCAAUGUAUUAUUCAUUAAUCACCAAGGCAAGGCAAGGCAAGGCAAGGCAAGGCA